GAGAGGUCUUUCUUUGUAAUACGUUCAUUUAUGAACAGGGAAUUUUCAACCAUGUGGGUCACCCGCUUUUGGAUGAGGAUUGAAGUCAUCAUCUUUCUUUUAAAUAGCCAGCCAGGGUGGGGCCGAAUUGUGACUGAAAUAAGUCCUGGCCAAGGAUGUGGAGUUAUCAAUCCGUUUACGACAAAGCUUGGCCGAAACUCAAAAUAUUGUUCCUUCAUAAAAUAUUUUGAAAAUGAGGAGCAGCAAGUUGAAGAAGAAAGUUUGGAAAGCUUACAAAUUCAAUCAGAUAACGGGUGGGUGGAUUGGGGAGAGUGGAGCUUUUGCUCGGAAACAUGUGGAUCCGGAGUAAGGCAAAGAUCAAGAGCUUGCAGUUCGACAGAUCCUGCUAACGAUUGUCCCGGAUCAAUAUUGAUGAUGGCAUACUGCAAUUCAAAAGGAUGUCGAGCAAAUGGUGGAUGGAGUGAGUGGAGUGAGUGGAUGGCUUGCGAUUCUCAAUGCAAGAUUAUGAAUGAAACCAGAUAUCGAACCUGCGAUAACCCAUCACCCAAACUUGGAGGCCUUCCUUGCCCAGGAUCUGACUUGGAUUUCAAAGAUUGUUCCCUUGUUCGUGAUUGUCCGGUUAAUGGCCAAUGGUCCGUUUGGUCAUUUUGGGACAUUUGCCAACCCACAUUUGGAUCCACGGGAGCGGGAACUCAAACUCGGACCAGGACUUGCACGUCUCCGCGUCCAUCAAAUGGAGGCAACUCAUGUGUAGGAGAAGACAAUGAAUCAAAACUGUGUUUUAAAGGUGACGCUGAGGAUGGAGGAUGGGGCUCAUAUUCGGGUUGGAGUGAUUGCUAUUUGCCAGAAUUAGUUUGUGGAGAUAACGGGGAAAGAUGGUUGGAGCGGAAUUGCGUCAACCCCAAGCCAAGGUUCGGAGGCAUACCUUGCAGUGGCAUUGGAACCGUGUAUGAGGCUUGCAACAUAGAUUGCACGUCUACUACAGAACUUCGGUUGACGGGUAUAUGGGGAACAACAGGGCCCCAACAAGAAUGCCUUAAUGGUCACUUUGUUACGGCAUUUAAGACAAAAAUAUCUUUGAAUCAAGGAAUAACGGGUGUUCGACUCCAAUGCAAUGACCCCGGUCAAGAGGAGAUUUACAGCUUGGAACAUCCUGAUGGAAAUUAUGGAGAAUUUGUCCACUCAUGUCCGGGCGGAUACACGAAAAUCAAGGGCCUAUUUCAGCCCCAUUGGGGUGAUUUGAUUGCCCAAUUUUGAUCGUCUUUAGUCCCAAAGUGCCCUGGUUACAUAUUGACUUAAAUUUCAAUCGAAGUGAUAAAUUCUUAAAGAGUAAGAGACUGUUUUUCUUUUUCUUCGUUAGAAAGCUUUGAUUAAGAAUUGAACAUUUUUAUGGAAGCUAUUCAAAAGGCCGAAAAUAGAUGUUCCUUAGACUUGAAGGGUAACCCUAAGUUGGAAGCCAAGUGAACCCUAAUUUUCGAGUCCCCAUUUCGAGACAGACAACUGAACUCGUUUUGUAAUUAUGGGGAGGAAAGAUACCUAGUGGCAAUUUGACUUCAAAGUCACCCUUGUUUGCUAGAUGCCCUCGUUCCGAUAAUAACCGGAGACCUGAAUAUAGGUCUAAAAAGCUAAGCCCAUUUACUAAGGGCGUUUCAUCUCCAAGAGCUAUCACAGUAAUCCACUUAGUGCAUUGCUCAAGAAUACUCCUUGUGUCCAUCCUUAUUCACUAUUCAUUUGGGAUUAAAAUAUUGGGAAUUCAAUAGGUUAGGACCUUUCGCCCCUGAUUGUGGAUGGAACAGCACCCAGAUGCAGCUUUUCCAGUUUUCGACAAUGGAACAUGCAAAUUGUUUCUUUUAUGCCAAGAAUUAUUGCAAAAUGGAAAUGAGAAUCGGCCUAUGUUGUAAUGAUUACCCUCUUCUCGAAAUACUGACUAUCAUUAUUAGCAGCCGACAUCAUCUUGAACAUGUUGAAAUUAGACAGUUUUUCAUCAAAGAGGAAACAGCAAGGCAAAAUUUUGAUGAUUGUACCUGGCCAAAAUUGAGGAAAAGCGAGAUAAAUGAGACAGAGGCGUUCAAAUAUUUGGCUUAAUGGUGCAUAGAACCGUUUUUACAUUUCACAGCAUGUGGAAAACGGUCUUACAAAUAACACUAACAACCUAUGUAACAUAUAAAAAUCCUAUAAAAUUAGCAAUACUUGUUGGAACAACAAAAUAACAAAUGUUGUGAUUAUUGCACUCUAAUCAAGAAUAGUUAUUAAUGCCCUGCUUUAUUGCAUGACUCAGUUGAUUGCUCAAAACUCCGAACUAUGUAUUCUUUCAACAGAUGAUAGAGACUGCACUUGCGUAGACAUGUUUUGCCCCGAAACUGGCCAAUGGCAGAAGUCGAUUUGUGAGGUGGGUGAUUUUACUGCCAAUCCCAAAGGUCCAGAAAGAUGUGACGUCGGUCAAGUCAUUUGUGGAAUAACGACCAGAGUCUGGAUGGGGGGAGGUGAUAAAACCGGAGUGGGAAGUGUGUUCAUGAGAUGUUGCUCAAAACCAUGAAUCACCAAUGCGCAUAAAAUGCUAUCCUAUCUUUGUGAAUCUUUUCUGCUUUCAUUGGCUUCUGAAUCUUUUCUGUUUUCAUGGGCCUCUGAAUCUCUCUGUUUUCACGGGCUGCUAACAUGUAUUGCGAAUGGUUUCAAAAUGGCUUGGGUUUGCUGUAAAUAUAUUUUUCAUGCGUUUCGGUCUUUA